AUGAGGGACAAAAUGAGCCUUUCGCCGGAAGAUUUGAAGCAGAUCAUCAUCGGAGACAAAGUUCCAGCGAAGCCAAAAGUGGCUAGAAUCAUAUGCUGGAAGGGUGGCCAAACCCGCAAACAAGUAUAUUCGAUGGAAUUUGCUGUUCACUUUCUUGAUAUUCUUCUCCAUUUCUUCGUCAGUGUGGGUUCCGGCCAUUCCCGGCUUAACGACUUCGCCUUGGAGAUUGUCACCAUAGUUUGCAUAAUUCUUCACUUAUUAUGGAUGGUCGCUGUCUUCAACGCAUUGCGAUACACAUGGCGCCUACGGCGAUUUGCCUCACACAAGAUCGAUCUCAGCAAGGUCUGA